AUGCUCGAGCAUGCUGAAGAGAGAUCAUGGAGGUCAUGGUUCACGACGAAAAAGUUGAGCUUCUAUCUACUGUUCCAUGGACUCCACGUUGCACUGUUCGUUGUUGGAUGGUGGAAGCAACAGACCAGUAAAGCACUAGCAUCUCUAAAUCUACUAACAUUCUCUGUAUGGAUAUCAAGAGGUGCAGGGUUGGUGCUCAGUGUCGAUGUCACCCUGAUUAUGCUGCCCAUGUGCAGAAACAUCUUACGCUUCUUUCGACCGAGGGUCAAAUGGCUACCACUGGAUGAAUCGCGAUGGUUCCAUCGACAAGUAGGCUAUUCACUAUUGUUCUGGACCAUAGUACACACUACUGGUCAUUAUGUCAAUUUCUUCAACAUCGAGCGAUCACAACUUCGUGAUCAGGCUGCUGUCGAAGUUCAUUACGCACAAGCUGGUGGCGUAACAGGACAUGUCAUGCUCCUCUGCAUGCUACUCAUGUACACCACGGCACAUCAGAAGAUACGCCAGCAGUCUUACGAGACAUUCUGGUAUACGCACCAUCUGUUUGUGCCUUUCCUUCUGGCCAUGUAUACCCACGCUACUGGGUGCUUUGUCCGCGAUAUGGUUGAUCCGGUGUCGCCUUUUGCUGGCAAGUACUUCUGGAAUCACUGUCUGGGGUACCAGGGCUGGCGAUGGGAGCUGGUGGGUGGUGGCUUGUAUCUGUUCGAGAGAAUAUAUCGAGAAAUCCGCGCUCGCAGGCCGACAGAGAUUAUCAAAGUUGUCAAGCAUCCAUACGAUGCAGUAGAGAUCCAAUUCCGAAAGCCCAGCAUGCAGUACAAAGCUGGACAAUGGCUGUUUCUCAAUUGUCCGGAGGUGUCAAAGCACCAAUGGCAUCCUUUCACCAUAACCUCCUGCCCUUUCGAUCCUUACGUCAGCGUCCACGUCCGGCAGGUGGGUGACUUUACGAGAUCUCUGUCCAACGCGCUGGGUGCUGGACCGGAGCAAGCAGCCCUGUACGGAGAACUAGACCCUAUGGGGAUGUACGAAGUUGCUUUGCAGCAAGGGCAGGAACUGCCUACACUUCGUAUCGACGGACCUUAUGGCGCGCCAGCUGAGGAUGUGUUCGACCAUGAGAUCGCCAUCCUCAUUGGUACUGGUAUCGGCGUCACACCUUGGGCUUCUAUCCUCAAGAACAUCUGGCACAUGCGGCUAUCUCCGAAUCCGCCCAGACGCUUAAAGAGAGUCGAAUUCAUCUGGGUAUGCAAGACAACGACAUCUUUCGAGUGGUUCCAAGCCUUGCUAUCGUCGUUGGAGAUGCAAUCGCUUUCCAUGUCCUCGCCAUCGCAUGCUAACAAGGUCGGCGACAAUAGCGACGAGUUCUUGAAGAUCCACACGUACCUGACGCAGAAGAUGGAUGUGGACCAGGCCAACAAUAUCGUCUUGAACAGCGUAGGCACGACUAAGGAUCCAUUGACAGAGCUCAACUCGAGGACGAACUUCGGCAGACCUGAUUUCCACAGGCUUCUGGGUGCGAUGAGAGACUCGAUUGAGAACGGGACGUACAUCAGUGGGUUGGAGUCUAGGAGAGCCGAAGUGGGAGUAUAUUUUUGUGGGCCUAAUAUGGCAGCGAGAGGGAUCAGAACGGCUUGUCAAGACGAGUCUAGUCACGAUGUCAAGUUCCGCUUCUGGAAGGAGUAUUUUUAG